AUGGCAUCAUCUGGUAGUGGAGUAUCCAAUGCGAGCGACCCGAUGGCCUUUACCUCUGAUGACGAGAUGGCCACCGACUCGGUAGUUUACACCUCAGACACCACGAGCACCGAUGAAGACGAUUUCCAGCCGUUUGCCCUACCGAUCUUCGGAGACGACGUACCCCUAGCUGAUGGCCCACCAGGAGAGGACCUACCCCUUGUUCCAAUCCCUGCCCCUCUCCCCUUCGCUGCAGUUCCCUUUGAGGAACAACCUCUCGACGCGUUACCCGAUGGUGACAUCGACCUACUCAUCGAGGUUGUUGAUCCCAUUGUUCCCAUGGUUGAGCUUCCUGAUAUGGAGGUUCAUUCUGAUUCGUCCGCCUCAGGUUCUUUUGAGUCGAUAGAUUCCUCUAUCCCACCGUUGGGAUUUGGUUACAUUCCUCAUAUUGACGAUGAUGAGGAGAUAGAGAUGGAAGACGAGUUGGUCCCCGAGGAGCAGCCUGCUGAGGCUCCUGUUCUCCCAGGUGAUCAGAUUCCUGUUAUGCCUGCUGAUCAUCAGCCCGCUCCAGUCAUUCCAGAGCCCAUUCUUGCCCUUGACCCUGUUCCUGUCAUUGAUGCACUCGCCGUUGCACCACCAGCCGUUGAGACCCCAGAGGUAGCACCCAUACCCGAUCCCAUGACGAUUUUUGAUGACCUGGCACCGUUUGCUACCCACAUUGACCCGAGAUACGCUAACACCAGCAAUUGGUGGAUUGAGGAGGAUGACUACCCUCCGUAUGUGGUCCCAGUCACUCCCACUACCAUAUCUGUUACUGCACCACUCGAUAUUCCGGUGUUUCCUCCACCCACUUCUGAUGCCCCUCGUACCGAUCUUCCGAUUACUUUUCUUCAGGACAUUCCUCCGCCACGACCUGGGGAGGGAUCGUCGAGUCAGCCUUUCGGCCACACCCCAUUUAUGACAGGAGAUAGCCACUUUAUACCACCGACUCCUUAUCAUAGUUUUGUUCCACCCGUGUCAGCUACUGCACCCUUCAUGUUCCAGUUUCCCCACACCACUGUACCAAUUACCUUUACCCCACCCACUACACAUCCGGUUUCAGCUCCGAUGGGUGAGCCAUUUCUAUGGUCAUCACCCCAUGUUAUGCCAGUAUCCGACCCUUAUCACCCGUUUCAUGUCGGAUACUCUAUAGAGGACACGCUCACGUCACUGCAGUUACAGCAGGAUGCCCUGAGACGAUAUGUCCAGGAGUUGGGGAGAGCUCCACAUCCUCCAUGCCCCUGCCAGACUCUGUCUACAGCACCUCACACUCCUUUUGCAUCAUCCCAUGAUUCAGAUAUUCGUUUCCAUCCUCUUGACUAA